AUGGCUACGUCAGAAUCGACAACUGGUAGGACCAUGCCAAAUUUAGCUGGUCAAGUCCCUGGAGUACCAGAUGAUACUGGAUUAGGCGGAAGCCACCACAGUUCGCGAGAAUCGGUUAGAGACCCUUUAACUCCGGAAGAAAGAUUGAUCGCAGUCGAACGCACACGGAUUGAACGGGAUACGUUAGCCGUAGUCCUUGAAGAACAAUGUGACGAGCUUGCUAAUUACGUCAUUAACAGAGGAAGGAGGUCUAUAGUGAAUCACCUUAAUGUGGGAAUUGGUCGGCGUAUUGAGCAACUUCGACAGGCCCAUUUAGACCAUAAUAUGGCUUUGCACGCUAAUAAUGAUCCGUUUGACAAUCCUUACGCCUACAUCAUAGGCUUUGAGAUUCGCGCCAGGGAUUGUUCAAAACUGGCUGAUGAUUAUCUUCAUUUACGGCGAAAUUCUCCCGCCUCUUCAGUUCAUUCCUCUCAACCAGAUCAGGAUUCACUUCAUAACGCGGAUCAACCACAACCAGACCCGACUCCUACGCCAUUUGGGAGGCCCUAUACUCCUCCACCAUUACAACCCGGAUCUUACCAUCCGACACCUGUGACGCCGCCGAUAAAUUUUACUCCUCAUCUACCACCGCCACUUGGACGACGUAGCAGUGAUGAUUGGAUUCACCGGCGUUUGCCAACACCAGGAGCCGGAACACCUGGAUUGGGAGGAUUUAGUCCAAAUUGGUUAAUGAACGCGUUACCCCAGAUAAAAAUCGAGCCGUUUAAUGGAGAUCCAAAGGAGUGGCCAACCUUUAUAUCGUCUUUUCGAGAUAUGCAACUCCUUUCGUCGGAAGUUCGAUCGUAUAUAGCCGAAUAUUUGGAAGAUCCUUCAACUUAUUUUGACGCGUUAGAAGAGUUGAAGAAACGUUAUGGGCAACCUCAAGUAGUGGCUCGAAGCCAUUUAAUGGCGCUCAUGAAUCUCCCAGUUAUCCGCGACGACGAUCCUCAUGCCUUGGCCAAACUGAACCGGACUCUUCACGGUGCUAUGCACGCAUUGAGAACCGGCGGCUACCAGCAAGAUUUGGAAUCCGGAAUGACGCUGGAGCAUGUAGUUUCUCGUCUACCCCAGCGACUGCGCAGCAGUUGGGGAAUAAAGGUGUAUCGUAUGACACCCAACCGAGCUACUCUUUUAGAUUUAGCUAAAUGGUUAGAUGAGAUGGUGAUGGGCGAGUUGAUGACCCGGCCCACUUCUUCAAAACACGCAUCGCCCUUCAAGGAAAGAAAACCGGAAGGAAGCCCUUUUGUGAAGAAACCGGCAUCUUUAUUUGGAAAAAAGCCACUUGUGUUUCAUACUAACACGCCACCACCAGUUCAUCAAAUUCGAACUUCUCCACCGUCAUCCCCGUCCGUUUCGAGAAAAAGCAACUUAAGAAAAUGCGCGUAUUGUGGAGCCACGCAUUCAUUAAAAUCGUGCAACACUUUCAAAGCUCUUGACUUAACUGCUAGAGCAGAGUGGGUGAAAGAAAAAAGGCUAUGCUGCACUCAACGUCAUCAUCCUCUAUUGCAUGGGGCUCCUCGAGUUUUUCCUGCGACUCCCCCGACGUCUUCAUCAACUACUCCGGCUAGCAAGCCGCCAGCAAAACAUAAGCCAGUUGCGAUGGCUACAAUUGAUAAAGAGCCCGAUGACAACACAUCACUAGCCAUCGUUCCAGUGAUAAUUUCGGCAAACGGAAUCGACUUCUCCACAUUCGCCUUUUUGGAUCCUGGAGCAACAGUAAACGUAAUGCGUGAGGAUAUCGCAGCAUGGUCGUUUGAAGCCGAACUACUGAAGGUUUCAACAGUACCGAAAGGGUAUUUAAAGCUGCCUCGCCCAAUUGAAGAAUUAAAGGAGGUACGUGAACGAUAUGCUCAUCUAAGCGACAUCAAACUUGCAUCGCUAGGAGAGCCGACUAUUCUGAUUGGCGGAGGAAAUCAAUGGCUUCAUCUUCGAAUGGACGAAAGACGUCCUCCUGAUGGAAUCAACGCACCCUUUGGAAUUCACACUCCGUUCGGAUGGACGUGUGUAGGAGAGUUCACCUCACCAUCAGAAGCAACAACCGUAUGCAGAUCGGAUAAACCGCUGCUCCCUAUUCAAAAACUUUGUUAUAGUAUUCAAGAGUCGCCUACAGAAGAGCUCCUUCUCCGUCAAGUGGAGAAAUUAUGGGAAACUGAUAGUUUUCCUAUCGUUACCCCUGUGAAACCGUUAGAAUCGGCUGAAGAUCAACUGGCAAGAACCAAGCUGGACGCAAGCAUCAAAUUCGACGGUACCAGAUUUGAAGUUGGUCUGCCAUGGAUCUCAGACAAGGUGACUCUUCCGGAUAAUUAUUUACCAGUUCUUCGUCGUCUCUAUUCCGUCGAACAUAAAUUUAGUCGUGACUCCGCCUUUGCGGAGAAAUAUGCAGCUGUGAUUGACGACUACAUCAGUAAAGGAUUCGCCAAGCCGCUCAAGAAGAGUGAACUUACCGGUACAUUCGGAAGAAAUUGGUACCUUCCUCAUCAUGGAGUUGUCAACCCACAGAAGCCAGGAAAAGUGAGAGUUGUUUUCGACGCAUCAGCCAAACAUGAAGGAGUGGCUCUGAAUGAAGUACUGUUGAAAGGUCCUAGUCUUGUCAAUGACAUAGGAACUACACUUCUUCUAUUCCGCGAAAAAACUUUCUCUUUAUCAGGAGAUAUCCAGCAAAUGUUUCUCCAAGUUGGCGUAAAAAAGGAAGAUCGUUCGGCUCUUCGUUUCUUAUGGCGUCCUCCUGGAAAUAAAAAUCCGCCUACGAUAUACGAGAUGCAGCGACAAAUCUUCGGAUCGAUUUCUUCUCCCUUUAUCUGCUCGCAAGUUCUUCGACAUGUAGCCGAUCUUUAUAGGGAGGAAUUUCCGGAAGCUGCUCAACGUAUUUACACCAACUUCUACGUCGAUAAUCUUUUAGAUUCCUUUUACACGGAAGAAGAAGCAAUUCAAGCCGUAAAGGAUUCCACCGCACUAUUGAAAAAAGGAGGCUUCCAUCUCAAUCAGUGGCUCUCGUCAUCUCGUCAAGUUUUAGCUCUCGUUCCAGAAUGUGAUCGCAAUCAACCUCGUCUCAACUUGGAUCUUGAUGACCUGCCUACUGAGAGAACUUUGGGAGUCUUAUAUGACAGUGAAAGCGACCACUUCAUCUUCGAUGUUAAAUGUAAUGUGGAAGCCAACACAAAACGUCAAAUUCUUAGUGCUGUUUCGACUCUCUUCGAUCCGUUGGGAUUUUUAUCCCCUAUCGUUCUUCUCGCUAAACGAAUUCUUCAGGAGCUGUGGCUAGUUGGAGUGGACUGGGAUCAGCCGAUCCCAAAUUCAAUUAUGCAACAAUGGAAUCAAUGGACCGAAACUCUCAACUGUUUGAAGAAUUUUAAAGUCCCUCGAGCGCUCACAUUAAGCAACGAAAUCAAGAAUAUUCAACUUCACGCUUUUUGCGAUGCCUCAACUCUUGGUUUUGGAUCCGUUGUUUAUCUUCGAGUCACCUACGCUACUGAUGUCGUCGCCGUAAAUUUCGUCUCGUCAAAGUCCCGCGUGGCACCUCUUCGUCCGCUUACUGUCCCGAAGUUGGAGCUUCAAGGAGCAAUAGUGGCAUUGCGACUUGUCAAAUUCAUUCAAUCUUCGCUUCGCAUAACAAUCAACCAAGUAUUUUAUUGGUCCGAUUCAAAAACCGUUCUUCAGUGGAUUGCCUCCAAAACCUGCCGCUUUCAAACUUUCGUCGCUAAUCGUGUUUCGGAAAUUUUAGAGCAUUCUCGUCCGAUCGAAUGGCGGCAUGUUCCUGGCGUCGAAAAUCCUGCUGAUGAAUGCAGCAGAGGACUCUUCCCUGCUGAAAUAAUGGAAAACGAUCGUUGGUUGACCGGCCCCGCCUUCUUGAAACAAGAAGAUGUCGAUUGGCCUCAACCUAUCAAAUUACCGGAGCCCAAUGAAGAUGAUCCGGAAGUUUCUGCAACCAAGUGGGUGGGAGUCAUCUACGGCCCCGCUCCUGAAAACAGGCUCCGCACUCUAUUGGAAAGAUACUCUGAUUAUGGCCUGGCCAUGAGAGUCGUGGCCUGGAUGCUCCGCUUUAUCUUCAAUUCCAGGUUGAAAUCAGCCAAAGAACGUCGCGGAUCUUUUCUUAGCGUCAAAGCUAUUCAACAAGCGGGAAAUCAAUGCAUCCGAUCAGCUCAAUUGGAAUGUUAUCCCGAAGAGAUGGCGGCGCUGGAGAAGAAACGUUCUCUCAAAUCCAGUUCUCCGUUAUUGAAACUUUCGCCGUUUAUCGAUAAAGAUGGUGUGAUGCGCGUUGGAGGUAGGCUUGAUUAUGGCCCCUUUUCGUUUGAUGUUAAACAUCCAAAAAUCCUCCCGCAUGAACAUCCAAUCACUCGGCUAAUCAUCAUGAGAGAACAUGAUCUACUGGUUCAUCCGUCAGCUGAAAGACUUCUCAGCUCUAUCAGAUCUCGAUUUUGGAUCAUCAAAGGAAGAGUAGCCAUCAAACGAUAUUUAUACAAAUGUCUAACCUGCAAGCGUCAUCGAGCGAUGCCCUGCAUUCCGUUAAUGGCCCCGCUUCCAAGACAUCGUCUAGCUCCUUUCAAUCGCCCCUUCACUUAUGUGGGUUUGGAUUUUUUCGGCCCUUGCAACAUCACUAUUUAUCGUCGCAAGGAAAAGCGUUACGUCUUGCUCUUCACUUGCCUCAACACUCGAGCAGUGCAUCUUGAAGUGACAGCGUCGCUUGAUUUAUCUUCGUUCUUGAUCGCCUUCGCAUCGUUUUCGGCCCGCAGAGGUCGUCCUUCUGUAGUUUACAGUGACAACGGAACCCAAAUUGUUGCUGGCAACAAGGAAAUUCAGCAAGGGAUCGAGCGUCUUAAAAAACAAAACCUCGUCGGCCAAAUGAUUAAACAAGAAAUUGAGUGGCACUUUUCACCUCCAUCGGCUCCACAUUUCGGCGGAGUCUGGGAAAGUUUGGUGAAAUCAGCAAAGGUGGCGUUAGAAGCCAUCGUGGAAUCUCGGCCGCUCACGGAAGAAUUAUUACGCGGUUUUGUGAUUCAAGCCGAGUCUUUAUUGAAUGGACGUCCACUCACUCAUGUCAGCGUGGACCCUCGUGAUCCGGAACCUCUCACACCGAAUCAUUUUUUACUUCUUCAAGGAUCUCCAAAUUCCGAAGAUGAUGUCAUUGGAGAUGAAGAAUUAUAUUCGCGAAAGCAUUGGGAGGCUAUGCAGGUCAUGUCGACUCACUUCUGGCGUCGAUGGCUUCAAGAGUACCUUCCAACCAUCACCGAUCGUCGAAAAUGGCUUUUUGACAAGAAGAAUUUAGCUGUUGAUGACGUCGUCUUGGUGGUGACUCCGAAUUCUCCGCGAGGACAUUGGCCCAUUGGCCGAGUAACCAGAGUCGUCCUCAGCCCUGAUGGAGUCGUCCGUUCGGUGUUCGUCAAGACAUCCGCUGGAGAGUAUCACCGUCCGGUGGCCAAGCUAUGUUUAUUGGAAACUAGCACUGAAGAAUAA